CCACUCAUCUCCUUUGACCCCCCCCGUUUCCAGAACACUCAAAGAGGAACUAUGCAUCUUCUGAAGAGACCCCCAGGGACCAGCGGGAGCCUGCUUUCUCAUCGGACGUAGUGUCUGGCCCCUCCGUCGGCUCCACCUCCCCCUGAGGUGGUGUCACCAUGCUUAGUUUGCCUUAAACCCUAAAAAGGUUGCAACAGCUUUUCCUCCGCUCGCGCCUGGACUAUUUCUGGACUACUUCUAACAUUCCACAAACCGUGACGGAAUACAUGAAGGAAUUCAUUUUUAUUUUUUCAAGAUUAAAGCGCAAGGUUGUCGUGAAUCGGGAAGAGGGAAGAACAUGUGGCACCAUGAUGUGCGGCUAAAUAAUACAUGACCGGGUCGGACACAUCAAAGCGGCCUCCAAGACGACGGCUGAUUGAAGACCAAGAAAGGAAGAAAAGGCUAUUUCCAACCCUUUUCGUAUGAGGCCUGAGAUAAUUGGUGACGCCAAUUAAAAAAGCAAUCUUAACGCCCUUAUCGUCAGAGAUGGAGCAACCUGCGACACUCUGAAAAUUCAGUCAUACUAAUUAGCUCAGCAAGUAAUCAAUGUGAAUAAUCAACCUCAUAAAAAUCAAUAGCAUCCUAUUGAUUUGAAUGGAUGGAAGCCCACCCAGCGUGAAGGUUGCGGUCUGUGUUUACCUGUUUGCCUCUUAAAGGCCUGUUGGACAUGAAUAACCAAAAACACCAUUCUGCAUCCGCCCCUAAACAGCCGUGUGCUUUGGGCUUUAGAAUUUGACCCCUUUUGUGAGUCUCGUGUGUGUGUGUGUGUGUGUGUGUGUGUGUGUGUGUGUGUGUGCGCGUCAGUGUGUGUGUGCGUGCCAUGAUGCUUCGCCGCGGCCUGCUCUCCUGGGCGUCCCGCGUGGGCGGGGUGCUGGUGUUGGUCUGCUGCACCCUGUCCCUCCUCUACGUCAUGAACUGCAGCCCGCCCCAUCCCGACGCCCAGCCCCCGGGCCACACACUCCCCUCCCUGGGGGGGGCGCCGGGGGGGGCGCCUGGGGCCCCCCGGCCCCCAAGAGGAGGAGGAGGAGGCGGGCCCCCGGGGGGACAGUCCUACCAGCUGCUCCUGCAGGAGCGAGAGGAGCAGCACCGCCUCCACAUCUCCUCCCUGAAGUCCCAGAUCUCCCAGCUGAAGGAGGCGCUGCAGGAGCGCAGCCUGCAGCUCAAGGGCGUGCAGGAGACGCUGGACAGGGCCUCCAGCAGCAGGGGGGGGGCCCCCGGGCAGGCGCAGGGGCCCGGGGCCCCGGGGCCCGCCGCCGCUCGCGGAGGAGGAGGAGGAGGAGGAGGAGGAGCGGCGGCGGCCGUAGGGGACGGGGCCCUGGGCGGUGCCCGGAGCCAGCAGGCGGACCUCCAGGAGUUCCUGGCCGGCCAGCUGUCGCGGGCGGAGGUGAGCGUGGGCGUGCGGCUGGCCAGCGAGUACGCCGUGGCGCCCUUCCAGAGCUUCACCCUGCAGCGGGUGUACCAGCUGGAGACGGGGCUCACCAGGCACCCCGAGGAGAAGCCCGUGAGGCGGGACCGCCGGGAGGAGCUGGGGCAGGCCCUGGAGGCGGCGCUGCUCGACCUCAACGCCGCGCCCCGUCGUCCCGGGGAGCAGGGGGGGAGGGGGGGCGGCGGGGGGGCGGCGGCCACGGCGGAGAAGGUCUACACGCCGUCCGACUUCGUGGAGGGCAUCACCCGGACGGAGAAGGACAAGGGCACCAUGUACGAGCUGACCUUCAGAGGGGCGGCCAAGAGGGACUUCCGGCGCAUGGUGCUGUUCCGGCCGUUCGGACCCCUGAUGAAGGUGAAGAGCGAGAGGGUGGACACCAGCAACAUCCCCAUCAACAUCGUGGUCCCGCUGGCCCGACGCACCGACACCUUUAAGCAGUUCAUGCAGAACUUCAGGGAGGUGUGUGUGCGCCAGGAUGGUCGGGUCCAUCUGACAGUGGUGUAUUUCGGGAAGGAACAGGUUGAAGAAGUGCGCGGCAUUCUAGAGAACACGUCCAGGGAGGAACAUUUUAAGAACUACACUCUGAUCCAGCUGGACGAGGAGUUUUCCCGGGGCCGGGGUCUGGACCUGGGGGCCCGAGCCUGGGAGGGAGGCAACGUUCUGCUCUUCUUCUGCGACGUGGACAUCUACUUCAACGCUGACUUCCUCACCACCUGCCGACUCAACACCCUACCUGGUAAAAGGGUGUUCUACCCUGUGCUCUUCAGCCAGUACAACCCCACACUUAUCUACGGGCCCGACCACAUCCCACCAGUGCAGCAACAGCUGGUGAUUAAGAAGGACACAGGGUUUUGGAGGGAUUUUGGUUACGGCAUGACCUGCCAAUACAGAUCGGACUUUGUAAACAUAGGGGGCUUCGACGUGGACAUCAAAGGCUGGGGCGGCGAGGACGUCCACCUCUACAGGAAGUAUCUCCAUAGCAACCUGCUGGUGGUGCGGGCUCUCAGGGGGCUGUUCCACCUGUGGCACGAGAAGCACUGCGCAGACGAGCUACGCCCGGACCAGUACCGAAUGUGCAUGCAGACCAAGGCCAUGAACGAGGCCUCGCACGGCCAGCUGGGCAUGCUGCUCUUCAGGCAGGAGAUCCAGGCCCACCUCCGGCAGCAGAAGCCCGCCGCAAAGCCCCAAAAGAAGACCAAAGCCUAAAGGACUGAUCAUGGUUCCACGUUGAAGCAACGCAGGGGGGGGGGGGGGGGUGUUACGGAGCCAUCACGUCCUUGCGGACCCUCCUUGCGGACCCUCCUUGCGGACCCUCCUUGCGUCCACCGCAAGGGCCUGACCUGCGCCUCCCAGAAAUCCCAGCAGCAAGGGCUGGGAUUGGUUUCCGCUCACUUAAACCCGACGCAGAACCAAAAACAGGUUCACGGCUGCGUCGAAGCGUCUGUGUUGUCAUGUGUUGGCGUUGCGUCGACGUGGAACCAUAAUUGAGCCUUAACGUCGGGAAUCCAUUAAGGAGGAUGCCCCUUUGCGCUGUCAUGGCUACUUUAAGGCACGCGUAGGCUGAGAGACUGAGAGAGGGCCGUGAAGGGAAAGCGUUAUCUCGGUCCGCUGCCACGCAAUGUCCCCGCAUCUUGCCUCAUGUGAGCUGUGGUCGCUGUUGAGCAGUCCCUGGUCGCCUACUAACUAUGAGCUGUGUACACCAGUCUCCCAGUCUAUUUGAGCUGUGUACACCAGUUAACAUUCCUCCCCGAGCGAGAGAAUAAGAACAUGACAAGAACAACAACAACAAAGACAAGGAGGAUGAAUUCAGAGGGUUUCUUAAACAUGUUACAGAGACUGAUAUCCCUCUAUAGGAAG